AUGUCACUCCAGCCGCCGCCAAUCAAAAAUUGGCCACACACCUACGACCAGAGAUAUGUAUACAAGCGUUUUAACAUAGAAGAUAACCCCUACGACCAUCAGGUUGUUCACGAUUUAGCACAAGAGGUCUUUGAUAUUGUAGCGGUUGAAUCUCUUCACGAUGGCAGGGCUCUCAAAAACCUUUUCCGAUCGAGUUAUUCACGCACUAAAAUCCAAUUUGAGUGGCGCAAGCGAAUACCGAGGUUACCAGCCGCUGUUAGAGCUCACGUCACGGACGUUGAGCUUCUCACCGGGGCGCUUUAUAAAUACCUCAAUUGCAUCCAAGAUGAGUUGCAAAAGGAGUUUGAGAAACAACUAAAUGAAGCACAAGAAGCAGAAGGAGCAGCAGGAGAAGGAUCAUCAGGAGGGAAGACAGUAGGAGGGAAGACAGUAGGAGGGAAGACAGCAGGAGGAAAGACAGCAGGAGGAGAGACAGCAGGACCAAGUACAGCCCAGCAGCCAUCAGAAAGGUCAGUAGAAAAGCAACCGGAACAACGCAAGAGAUUCAACUAUGGUCGGCCCUUCAUAGUGCCCAAUGGUGAUAUCCAGAUCAUCCGAGCAGAUCACCCUGACAUGCCGAUUGCAAUUAGGGAUAUAUGCCCAGAUGGGGAUUGGAUCAAUAUCGCCAAUAUCAAAUUCGAGGUGUUCAAAGAAAACCUCACCCAAGAAGGAUAUCUACGAGACGGGGACACAAUCUGGUUACACCAUCUCUCUCUGGAUCAACUUGAUCCUGCGUUGAUUUCUAACCCACAGACUGGCGAGGUACGACUGGCAUCCUUCAAUCUCGCAUCUACACUUUUACGGACUAUCCGUGAGCAUUGGCCUAAACUUCGAAAUCCUUCCCCUGAUCCUUUUAGAGGUAACAGACGCUCACCAUUGCCCAGACCAAACAUGACUGUUAUCAUCCGGAGCGGGAAUAUAAGAGGUGGUGCCCUAUCUGCCAAUCAGCCAGCAAUAGCUCGUCCCACUGAACAAAUUGGUGGUAACAAGAUCGUUCCUAACCGCCGUUCUGAACAGGUAGCUCGAUAUGCGGCCAGCAAACACGCCAAAACCAAGCGAAAGAGGGCAGAGGCGGAAGCGGCAGCAGCAGAAACGACGGCAGGGGAGACAGGAGCAGAAACCGAUGCUGAGAUGAAUGCUCCAGCGGCCCAGAGAAGAAGGCUAGGAGUAGCACACAAAAUUGUCGCUGUCCCCGAAGCUGACCCUGCCCCUGGUCCUAGUUCUGGUCCUGCUUUCGCCCCUAGUCCUCUUUUCGUCCCUGGCCCUGUCCCUGGUCCUUUCCCUGGUCUUAGUCCCGCCGCUAGUCCUCUUUUACCCCCCGCCCUCGUCCCUGAGCCUGGCACUGGUACUGGGACUGCUUUCGCCCCUGCUCCCGGUGGGCAGCAACAACAGGAAGGAGGCGAUGAAGCUUCUUUUUUCGAGCUUUUACGUCCUAUAAUCGUUGAAACGGGAUAUGGGGCCGAUUAUGGCCUUGGGCAACAACCCCAGGAAGGGGGUGCCGAUGAUCCUGCUUUUCAGGCGCUUUUAGACCCUGCACUCCGUAACACAGAGGGACUUGCGGGCGAUGACAGCGCCGCCAUGCAAACAUUCCUCAACGAGAAUGAAUGGGCCCAAGAACUGCUGGAGGAGGGAGAACCGAUGGAGGAAUGA